CCGGCCGCCGGAGGGGCCCGCACACUCCUAUACACACGUGCGCGCCCCGCCUGGGCCUGCGUGGGUCGAGCCGCACGCAAGCCCUGCUCUCGGAGGGUCGCCGGCAGCCGUGCGCUCUUUCGGGAUUGGCCCAGCCACCGCCAACUUCCUGGGCCGAGGCGCCUCCCGCGCGCGACCCCGGCCCCCCUCCGCCCCUCGGUACAGAGCCGAGCGCAGCUCCCCAGGGGUCAAGCGGCCCCACCCUGUCCCCAGUUCCUGAGAGCCGCGGGUCCCAAGCGGCCCUGGGAAGGUGACGAGUGGCACGAACAGGCACCUGCCCUGCCCCUCGCUGAGAUUUCAGGAUCCGGAUUACCAACCCCUCUCUACCCAAGCGGCUCAGAGAGGGUGCGCGUCUCCAUCCACGGCACCGCCGCGGUGAGAUCGCAGGCCUGUCCUACCAAAGCCCAGUGCCCUCGCCACCUCGCGGGAUUUUGGAAAACGCAGAACACAAGGGCGGGAUCCGGGAAGCCCUCCUGAGGCCCACCCAAACGGCCACAACCCCCCAGCCCCCCACCGGCUAGGACCCCCGAGCUCGAUGCACGGGCGAAGGGCCAGGGCUGUCGGCCGCCUCGGAAAAACGAACAGCCUCAGCUGGACUCGCCGCCGCCCCCUCCGCCAAGAGAGGCCAGAGGCGGCCCGGAGCUCCUGCAGCCUCGCUCGCAGCAGAGGAUGGCUGGGACCUCUAACUCUCAGAGACCAAGACUGCAGUGACACCCCACCAAGCUCUCUGAAGGGCAGCCAUUUAAACCUAUCAUAGCAAGGUGUCUGCAACUCACCGCCCAAUUGAAAUUUUUUUUAACCUGAAGGCGGUUCUGUCAGGGAGUCCGUCAGCCCAAUGGGAGACGUGGAAAUUUCCAGAAAGAACAGGACCAAUGGGUGCGGCUAGCGCGGCUACGACUGGCGGACCAAGCGACCAAUAAUAGUCGCAGAGGUCCACCCCUCCCUCCAAUCGUAGAGCCAAAGAUGGGUGGGGCUUGUCGGGGAGAACCCAAUCCCGAGGCGCGGGGGAGGCAGGGCUGCGGGGAUUACUCUCCAGGCCCAAUGAGAGAGAAGCAAAGAUGAUGGGCUAGACUUCAAGCCAAUAGUAGAAAAGCUCAGAAAGUCCCCCAGAGGAGCACGACCAGUGAGCCGGCGAGGAAGGGGCGGGAUCUGGGGGUCCCGGCAGCUUCUAGUAGGUUCCAGAAGGCGGCGCGUGCGGUUGGGAACGCGGAGCAGACGGAGUCUAUUCAACGGGGUUCCGGGCCGGACUAUGGAGCAGGUAAAUGAGCUAAAAGAGAAGGGCAACAAGGCCCUGAGUGCCGGCAACAUCGACGACGCGUUACAGUGCUACUCUGAAGCCAUUAAGUUAGACCCCCAGAACCAUGUGCUCUACAGCAAUCGCUCCGCAGCCUAUGCCAAGAAAGGAGACUAUCAGAAGGCUUACGAGGAUGGCUGCAAAACCGUCGACCUAAAGCCUGACUGGGGCAAGGGCUAUUCCCGAAAAGCAGCGGCUCUUGAGUUCUUAAACCGAUUUGAAGAAGCCAAGCGAACGUAUGAGGAAGGUUUAAAACAUGAAGCAAACAACCCUCAGCUCAAAGAAGGUUUGCAGAAUAUGGAGGCCCGAUUGGCAGAGAGGAAGUUCAUGAAUCCUUUCAACAUGCCGAAUCUGUACCAGAAGUUGGAGAGCGAUCCCAGGACAAAGGCUCUGCUCGCCGAUCCUUCCUACCGGGAACUGAUAGAGCAGCUGCGAAACAAGCCGUCGGACCUGGGCACGAAACUGCAAGAUCCUCGGAUCAUGACUACUCUGAGCGUCCUCCUUGGAGUCGACCUGGGCAGCAUGGAUGAGGAGGAGGAAGUUGCAACACCUCCACCGCCACCUCCUCCCAAAAAGGAGCCCAAGCCAGAGCCCAUGGAAGAAGAUCUUCCAGAGAAUAAGAAGCAGGCCCUGAAAGAGAAGGAGCUGGGGAACGAAGCCUAUAAGAAGAAGGACUUUGACACGGCCUUGAAACACUACGACCGAGCCAAGGACCUGGACCCCACCAACAUGACUUACAUGACCAACCAAGCAGCCGUGUACUUCGAAAAGGGCGACUACGGUAAAUGCCGGGAGCUCUGUGAGAAGGCCAUCGAGGUGGGACGAGAGAACCGAGAGGACUACCGCCAGAUUGCCAAAGCUUAUGCUCGAAUUGGCAACUCCUACUUCAAAGAAGAAAAGUACAAGGAUGCCAUCCAUUUCUACAAUAAGUCUCUGGCAGAGCACCGAACUCCAGAUGUGCUUAAGAAGUGCCAACAGGCAGAGAAAAUCCUAAAGGAGCAAGAGCGACUGGCCUACAUAAACCCUGACCUGGCCUUGGAGGAGAAGAACAAAGGCAAUGAAUGUUUUCAGAAAGGGGAUUAUCCCCAGGCCAUGAAGCAUUAUACAGAAGCCAUCAAACGGAACCCAAAAGAUGCCAAAUUAUACAGCAAUCGAGCUGCCUGCUACACCAAACUCUUGGAGUUCCAACUGGCGCUCAAGGACUGUGAGGAGUGCAUCCAGCUAGAACCUACCUUCAUCAAGGGCUAUACCCGGAAAGCAGCUGCCCUGGAAGCCAUGAAAGACUACACGAAAGCCAUGGACGUCUACCAGAAGGCGCUCGACCUGGAUGCCAACUGUAAGGAGGCCGCCGACGGUUACCAGCGCUGCGUGAUGGCCCAGUACAACCGACACGACAGCCCGGAAGAUGUGAAGCGGCGGGCCAUGGCCGACCCUGAGGUGCAGCAGAUCAUGAGUGACCCAGCCAUGCGGCUCAUCCUGGAACAGAUGCAGAAGGACCCUCAGGCGCUCAGCGAACACCUAAAGAAUCCUGUAAUAGCGCAGAAGAUCCAGAAGCUGAUGGACGUGGGUCUGAUCGCAAUUCGGUGAUGACAUGUUCGUCAUCCCCCUUCCCUUCGUCCUCCUGUGGAAAGAGGAGCUGGGACGGCGGCACGCAGCACGGAGCAGAAGGGAGAGGAGGGGAAACAAGCGAACAACUGCUAUAUAUUUAUACAGACCCCUGUGGACGAUGCAGAGACUUACACUCCGUUACUCGUGCAGCCGCUGCCUCUGGGCCCUCCCGGCACACGCAUGGUCUCUUCUGCUGCCCUCGAGUUCCAUGUCUCCUUCCCCUGCCCCCAGUCGCUGUCUCAGCUGCUCUCCCAUAGUUGGUUAUUUUUUAUUUGGGACAGUGGGCUUGUAUGGGGAGGGGAGGGUGUGCUUCCCAACCUCAGGUCCCAGCUGUUCUCACAUUGUUAACUCCACGUCCUCUUCUCCAAUAAAACAAGCCAGUCAGGCGUGGUUAUACAA